AUGGCUCCGUUAAUGCCGAGAGCUCAUGCGAGGUUCAGGGCGGCGACCAGUGCUGCGUUAAUGUUUUCCGCCAUCUUAUUUUUUGUUGCCGUAGGGCUCAUUACCUGGGCAUUGAUCUACAACGUGUCUUGGCCCAAGAUUCUCAUGCCAUGGAAACGAAAAAGUCAUUAUGGUAGCCCAGAGGGCAAUCGAAGCUGGUCACUUACUCUUUGGCGACCCUGGAUGACGACAUUUUUGGAAGGCAUUCUUAUCAUAAUCAAGGCCUCUCUAUGUACGUGGGGUGCCUACAGCAUCAUCGCAAAAGGCCUACGAUGCCUGGUUGAAUCCAUGAUACAAAAAUCAUCUCCAAGACGGAUCGCAGAUAUUGAGGUCAUCAUCGACACUCUAGCACUCAUUGGAUUCGCCGUCUUCCCGACGGCUAUGGCCGCCGCGGUUCCAGCGAUUGUCCCUGAAGGCUCCUGCAACCCGCAAUUUAACGUUCAUCGCUUCUUGCCACUUCGCACCCGAGAUGACAUCAAGGGUAUCCUGGAAAGUUGGGUUGGGUUAUUGAUGGUGCACGGGAGGACAGGAAUGAGCUUGCAACAGUUUGGCAAAUGGCGUCUAACACUGGCGAGGGUAGCUGUCUGGUCGGUAAGUCUGGUUGGUUGGGUGACGGUUGAGGUUUAUAUGGGCCCAUGCUGGUAUUUGCCGCGCGUGUGGAAGUUUUGGUUCUCUAUUAUAUGCAUUUCUCUGAUGUCAUGGUUUCUUGGAAAUGCAGAGUCGUUGAUUGUCACAAAAUGGGAGCUGCUUGGAAAAGUGCACGUUCAGCUGGCGUUAUAUCUUUGGGUUCUCUACUUUGUGAGGUGGGUGAAUCUAGAUGGAUACUGUGUCAGGCCCACUUGCUGGUAA